AUGCGCCUCCUUCUCGCGCUCGCCAUUGCCACCGGCGCCCAGGCAUCGUACGAGCGUGUCGUGGGCUACCAGCCGGGCUCUCAGGUGACGGACCAUUGCGCCGUCGACCUCGACCAGGCGGCCAUGGAGGCCGCUCUUGGCCUCGCCACUCCCGACUAUGACGCGGCCCUGGCAGUCUACACUGGAGGGGGGCACUCCAAGUCAUACGCAGCGCUCACGCUGCAGUCGGGACUCCCCGCCGCCCUCUCGAAGGGCGACCCUCUGAGUGGAACUGACCAGGACGGAUUGCCUGUGGCCGGCAAGGCCUACGCCGCCUACGCCGCUGGUGCAACAGAGAUUCGCUUCCAGUACAUCACCUCCGACUUCACCACUUCGAGCGGAGGUACGUCGGAUGCCAACAGGCACGUCGGAUGCUUCGUGGGAGGCCUUUCGUCGCAGACCUCGCCGUAUGUGCCCGUGACCGGCGGGUGCCUGGGCACCCCUCCCUUCAGCAUCACGUCCCCGACGCUCGGCCCUCUGGCUGUUUCGGCCAUCGAGCACAAGAACGGCCGCGACAUCGAGGGUUUCUCGACUGCGGCGCAGGCCAAGAUGUACGAUUCCUGCCCCGGCUGCCCGUACGACGAGUACAAGAAGUUCUACGACUACUACGGCGACUAUAUGUACGCCGACACCUGGGUCAAGGCGGCGCUCCAAGGGAGUGCGACCAGCUUCACCAACGGCAACGUCGACUUCUCCACGUCGGGCGCCAACGACGACGCGUCUCGCAUUCAGGGGGCGAAGAAGGGCUCCGCCUACAUGAACGUGUGGAUGUACGUCAUUCGCGAGUUCGAGGACGCAAUCGACGACUGCCAGAAGGACUGCAUUCAUUGCAACGACGACCCUGGUGUCUGCUUCUACACCGGCGGUAUGGUGCAGCCCGACACGUCCGCGGACCAAGCCUCUGGCCAGUCCAAGGUGAACCAGGACCUUGCGAGGGAGUUCGCCCUCGGCCAGCUCGAGCUGCAGCUCGGCCAGUGCGACAACGUGCGGCCGAUUGUCGAGAGGACGACGAACCUGAUGCGCAUCCCGCUCAUCCAGGGCACCAUGCGCUACGCCUACAAGGUCGACAAGCUCGGCGGCCUCGAGAAGGAGAAGGCUGAGGGCUACACCUUCGCCGCUGCGGUGCUCCCGGCUCUCCAUUUCUGCUCCGCCGCCGACGCGACCAUCGUGUAUGACAACAUGAAGCAGGGCGCCACGUCCACCAGCCACGCGGCGGUCAAAACGGCCUUUGAGCGUAACUACGCGUGCCUCGGCAUCACAUGCGCUGACGUCGGUGGCCUGUGGAACUCCGGUCUGAUCGACUACUACGACGGCGCGACUCCAUGUGUCGACUCGAGCACGUCGGACGACGACGACGACAGCCUCUCGUCGGGCGCCAUCGCAGGCAUCGCCGUUGGCGCAGGCAUCGCCGCGCUCCUCCUCGGCGUCGUCACCUACAUGGCCAUUCGCGAGAAGAAUGGCAAGCCGGUCUUCACGCCCUACAUCGAGUCCAAGGACGCACCGGGCGCGUGA